AUGUUUGAUUCCAUCGCAGAGGAGGUCUUUGCCACAAUUCUUCAUCAGAAAUCGGAAGAAAUAGCUUCAAAAAUGGAGUCAGAUGAUGCUGAUGACGGUCCGCCACCUGGGAUUCAGUUCGAUUAUACAGCUUUUGGAAAAAUGUUGUUUGACAUCGGCAAAAGACCGGAGACGAUCUCGAGACGAAGGAGGAAGCUAUACGAUUUAGUAAAGAGAUUUGAUGUAGCUGCAAAGGGAGGCGAUCCAUAUCACUUCGAAGUUCCUGUGCCCGAAAUAGUGUUAACGCCUAACGAUUAUGAAGAAGCAGAGAAACGACUGCUAAAAAUGAAUGAGGAAGUCGCAAUUGAGCGGAAGCGAAUGAAGUUGGAGAGAAAGUAAGU